UUUUACCGGCUGACAUGUGGAUUGAAGGACGUUUAAUAACAGAAAUAUGCGUUUGAAAUGAUUUAAACAAUUAAGUCUUGCAUAAAUUAACGAAAACAUGCUUCCUGACGCUAGAAAACCGCUCCUUAGAAUUUUAUGUCAAUAUAAGUCAAAAACGAACAGCUGUGUCCUGCAUCAGCAAAGAAAUUUUUGUAAACAGUCACUUUUUGAAAACCAAAAUGUUAAGAAAUUUGCUCAGACAAUUAAUUCAAAAAUCAUUGCCAUAGGGGAAUUGUUUGUGCAACAGUGCAAAGCAGUUGCAGCUCAGAGAUUACGGAGAUCAUUCCAGAUAGUUGCUUCUUAUAGACGAAUGUAUGGUGACAAUUCUCUAAAGAGAGUCUUAAAUGAACUAGGAAGUUCUCUUUUAAAACACUGUGAAAAAAGAAAUCUCUUAUUCCUCUGUGGUUUGCCGUUAUUCAAGUGGGAAGAGGAAAGGAUAUCCGACAAAGAACUUAAUAGUUUGAUAGAUGAUAUGGCAGAGGUUCAACACAUUGAAGAAGAUUUCAAGAAACCUACAGAUGACAAAGGAUAUUUAAAGAGUUGGGAAAAAGUCAUUGACAGUAACCACCUUAAAGUUUGGAGAAAACCCAUUCAAGAUUCUUACUUAUAUGAAUACAAAGUAUAUGGAACAUUUUAUGAUGUUACACCUACAUGUUUUUUUGAUAUUCAGAAAGAUUUAGAAUAUCGGAAAGAGUGGGACCCUCGUGUGAUAAAGUUAGAGAUAGUAGACAGAGAUGAACAGACUGGUACAGAGAUCGUCCAGUGGAUUACACAGUUUCCUUAUCCAAUGUAUAGUAGAGAAUAUUUAUACAAAAGAAGAUUUCAGGUUGAUAGAGAAAAAAAUACAAUGGUGAUAUGCUCUCAUGUAGUAAAUCAUCCUAAAUGUCCAGUAGACAGCACCCAUGUGAGAGUUGUUACGUACUCAUCAACAAUGGUCAUUAAACCACAUAAACAGUUUGAUGAUGAUGGUUUGGAUUAUGUGAUGACAUAUACAGAUGACCCACAGGCAUCAUAUACCAGCUUCUGUUACAGUUGGCUAGCUAAAACAGGCGUUCCUAGAUUUAUGGACGAACUGCAUAGUGCAGCAAAGAAUCUGGAAAAUAAAAGACAAAAAUGUGUCAAUAUUUCAAAACAGAGUAAUACAAAGGACAGUAAUAACAAUAAUUCAAGACAUUUCUGCUAAUAUCAGCAUACUUGAAGAUAGGAAAGGAAUGAUGCAGGUGUCAUGACCAAUUGAAAGGCAGUAAAAUGUUAUUAAAUUGAAUUUAUUUGUGUUCAAAUUAUUUAUUUACAUCUGACAAUCUAUACUUAUUAACCACAGUCUUGACGAUUAAACUCAAGACUAUUUUACACAAAAAAUCAAAAAAUAUUUGAACUUCUUUUCAGAUAUGAUUGAAAACUCCUAAGAACUAAGAUUUAAAAAAAUGUAUUGUUUUCAUUGCAUUUUUGUUGCCAAUUCUUGUAACUGGACUUUCAGUAUAUAUGGUGAUGAUAUUAUUUACUUCGUAUGAUACCUCAUUAAAUUAUUUUUUAUCAGUGGUUAUGGAUUCAUUUUGUUUAGAGUUAAUUUAAAAUAAAUUAUCUGAUUCUGUUUUGUUCACAAUAAUCAAUAACACUUGUAAUCAGAUAUAAUUAAAUAUCUUUUGGGUUCUGUUUGGUUCAAAGUGCAAAUGAAAAUCAGAAAUUUUAAACAGUUGUUGCAACAAAUGAAAAUUAUAUUGUAAAUAUGAGCGUUUCAAGUCCUAUAGUUUUAAAAUGGAAAUUAACAAAUUUGAAUUUUUAGUAAUUUCUAGUCAUAUAUAUUUUUAUAAUUACAACAAUUUAUUUUAAUUUACCAAAAUUUAUCAGUUAAAGAUAAAUUGUUUUAGGCUGUGUCAUUGAUAAAAAUAUCUUUCUGAUGUAAUAUGUACAGCUUCAAAUGUAAAAUUAUUUUGCUGAAGAAAAAAAUUUAACCAUGAUAUAUGAUCAUUUAUUACAAAAUAUGUCUCAGCCAUAUCAGACUAUUUUGAUAGUUAUUUAUUUAUGCAUCAUGUAAAUUUUUCAUACAUGUAUGGCCUUAACAACUUGUGUUAUUUGAGUAUUAAAAUGUUUGAUGGAGUAAA